UGUGUCUCUGUCUCUGUGUCUCUGUCUCUGUGUCUCUGUGUGUUACAGGUUGAUGUGUGGUGUGAUGACUGUUGAUGUUUGAGUGUGUGACAGAGGAGUGGGAGCUUCUGGAAGCUUCCAUGUUGAAAUGUGGUCACUUAAGUGAGAGAAAAAGAGGAAAUGUGUGAGUGUUUUAUAUCGUAGCUGGAGGACAACACACCGAGGCGAGAUGAGGGACCGACUGUAUGAGCUGCAGAAUUUCACUCUGCAACCUGUAGAGGAGACGCACAGUCCUGAGGAGAACUACAACCACCCCCCUGAUGACGAGGAGCUCCUGGAGCAGCAGGCCGUCGUGUUUGAUGGAGAAGACCUGAUAGAAAGCAUGCACAGGGAGGUGCAGACCAUGAGGAAGAAUAUUCAGCAGCUCAGGACGGACGUCAAGCGCCUCGGGAAGCAGAACAGCAGGUUCCUCACGUCUGUCAGGAGGAUAAGCAGCAUCAAACGGGACUCCAACGCUCUGGGGCGAGACAUCAAGGUCAGAGGUGAGGCCAUUUAUGCACGGUUGGAGCAGAUGGGGAAGCUGUGUAAGCACCUGGAUGAGGAGCAGGGGCCGACCUCCGCUACAGCUCGCAUGGUGCGCUCACAGUAUGUAUCGCUGACCAACACCUUCCACAACGCCAUAUCUGAGUACAACGAAGCCGAGAUGGCCCAGAGGGAGAACUGCAAAACACGCAUCCAGAGGCAAGCUGAGAUCAUGGGCAAGGAGGUGAGCAGGGAGCAGAUAGACGAGAUGAUCGAGACGGGCAAGUGGAACGUCUUCUCCGAUAAUCUCCUCCUUGAAGGAAAGACUGCAAGGUCGGCUCUCAGUGAGAUUGAGACUCGGCACAAGGAGCUUCUGGAGCUGGAGGGCCGCAUCAGGGACAUUCAUGAGCUUUUCUCUCAGAUGGCCAUGCUGGUGGAGGAGCAGGGCUGCAUGCUGGACAACAUAGAGGCAAACGUCAGUGCUACUGAGGACUACGUCACCAAGGCUUCAGCUCAGGUCAAGAAGGCUGUGAGAUACAAGAAAAACAAUCCGUGCAAGAAACUCUUUUGCUGUUGCUUCCCAUGCUGCAACUAAUCGGCAAAUCAGCUCUGUUUCUCUUCUUUUUGUGCUUUAAUUUGUGGAUUUAUUUAAAACUUAAGUGCAUAACUUUUAAAUAUUAUAAUUAAUGUAUGUAACCACUAAGCUUAUCAGCGCCACAUGACUCACUGUUUUUCUCAGCACAGCAGUGUUUAGAUCUUGUGUCGCCCGCUGACAAUAAGCCGCCAUGCACAGAAAGUGAUUCGUUUAACGUCAAGACAGAUGGAGACAGCAACAUUGCGCUAGUAAAGUAAGACACUUGUCCCUGCGUGUGUCCUCUUCUUUUAGGCCAGUUGUCCAGGUGUCCUCCUUCACAACAUCCACAGCAAACAAAUAAUGUUGCACUUGUUUCUGUUCACAAAGACCAAACAGAGGUUGAAUAAUACCAUCAUUAAGUAAAAUCUCCAAAUGUUAUGCACUGCAGCUUUAACUGUAAUGAAUCAAUGACUCUACUCGUCUCUUUACCGAGCCAGUUUCAAACCACAAGUUCAUAUGCAAACACAGUGUUUCGUUAGAUAAGGGUGUUACAUUUCCUGAUUGUUACUGAGAACAGCUUAGACAUGUCAGGUCUUACUGCUGUGUCUUUGGUUCAUAGCGACAGUGUCAUUACUGUAAUGCACAACUAACUGCUUUUUCUUAUUAACUUUCACAUUUCUAAGUUGUUUUAUAAACCUAUGAAAGUCGUGUUAAGUAUGAUUUACGCACCUUUUAAACGCAAGUUUAUUUUUUUUAAAUUUUUUUUUAAAAGAGUGCCACUCUGCGGUCGUUGGUGUGAACCUGGAGCAGAAAGUACGGCCGUUGCCUCACACCUCUUUAGAAAUGCAUUUAAGACAAAACAGACACAACCUCUGAUUGUGGUUAACUUGUUGUGUGUAGUUAUCACCACCUACAGACAGGACUUAAGUUAGCUUAGCGCUCAGUGAUAAAACUGUCUGAGCUUCAGUCCUCCUUGUUUCCCCAUCACGUUGGUGCUAUAGGGCCUGUUAGGUUUUCUCUGAUAUUUACAAAUGCAUACAUGUGUUUUCAUUUAGGGAGAGUAACGACAACAGAGAGGAUGACAAACUAAUCAUGUCAGAUGACUUUCUGUUUGCACAGCGGGCCUAUCCCUCAGCCCUGUUAAUGAGAGUAAAACUGAAAUGAUUGUAUAUGACUGUGUCUCUUACACCCACUAGGGGAAUCCCAUUCAGUAUGAAAAUGAGACGCUCUCAUAUGUGUGAGCAUCAUACCGUAUGCAACAAACACACCACAGUCUCUUCUUCAGUGUUGAAAUGGGUGUGCAAUGACUGCACUUCCUCUCUUGUGUGUGUGAGGGGAAAAAAUGUACAAACAGCAUGACUGGCUUUAUUUGCACUGUGGUUUAAUUGGUUUACUCAGUCAGACCCGUUCUCCCAUUGUUGUGUUGAUCUUGUCUUUGGAUCAUUGUCGUCAUCAGUGUGUGUGAUGUGUGCUCACAACAACCAGGAUGGCCGAGUGGUUAAGGCGUUGGACUUAAGAUCCAAUGGACAAUAGUCCUCGUGGGUUCGAACCCCACUCCUGGUAGAAAAUGGAAGUUUUAAAAUCAGAAUCUUUGUGGUACAUGAAAACCCAUUGGGAAUAUGUGAAAGCUGUUGUUGUGUGCUCCCAUGUUGGGUAUUUCCUCUGCAUAUAGGGGGAAUUAACAGUACUGUACAAUGUCUUGCACCACAAUUCUCUAUCACUUUAUUCGAACACAUCUGGAAACAUAUAUGCAGUUUUAAAUAACCAAUGUUAAGCCAAAAAAAAAAAAAAAGGUCCAAAAAAUGUUGUGGCCCAAAUAU